AUGUUUUCCAUCUGGGCACAACAGAAUAACAAUGACCCUUUCCAGGCAACUAUAUCAGAUAUACUGGAAUUCCUAACAAAACUGUUCAAUGAAGGAGAUGCAGCAGCGACCAGUCGAGUCCAACUCGCUGCUAUUUCUUAUUUUCAUUUAGGUGCAUCCGAAAAUGGUGGAAAUGAAAUAAUUUCCAGCUUACCUCUGCAGAUGUCACUGUACUUCAAUGUAUUUUUCUUCCCAUUUUGGUGGGUAUCAGAGGUGAUCGGUUUGCAGUUGAAGUACCCUGUUUUACAGGAUUUCUACAAGUUUAUCAUCAUCACCAUUGUGAUCUUGAUGACUCUAAUUGAAAUUAUUCGUUUGUACCUGGGAUACAUGGGAAAUUUGCAGGAGAAGGUUCCAGAGCUGGCUGGCUUUUGGCUGUUGAGUCUCCUGCUGCAGCUGCCUCUCAUCCUUUUUUUGCUCUUAAAUGAAGGCAUCGAGAUCCUGCCAUUAGAGAGGGCUGUGCACAUAGUUUUCACCCUUUUCCUUACCUUUGAAGUGGCUGUGGCUUUCAUGACUCUCAAAAGGAUGGUUAACCACCUUGCAACAAGGUUCCACAUGCGCCAGUUUGACGAUGUUGAAGAUCUACGUCCUGUACAGGGAAACAGAGAGACCAAUGUGCUGUGGGGAACAGGCAUCAAGACAUGACUGGGCACUACAAAAAAUAACUAUAUUUCUUUGGAUUUUUUUAUUUGGAAUUUGUUUUACAAAUUAUAAUUAGAAUGUGUUGGUGGUAUGUAAAGAGGUACUGCUGGCUUAAAAAGACAUUUGAAAGGUAAUAUUUCUUUGUUGACCACAGUUUUGUAUUGCUCAUUAGAUUUGCAUUUUCUUGCUUAACACCAGUGUAGCUACUCUGGAGGUUUCAGCAGCAUAUACUACUACUUCCCAGCAUGAUGUUAUAAUACUGUGCUGUAGUAUUCAUUCAUUUGGCAGCUAAUGAGGGUUUAACAGCACACUGUUGUAAUUCCAAGAAUGGAGCGAGUCCUAUAACUGAAGGAAGUGGAAUGGAUUUUAUGUGCAUUUGUAUUUGUUGUACAUAUCACCAUACACCCUGAAUUGGAUAAAACUUUGGCAUUGA